UUCUGCUUAUAAGUUGACAAAACAUUUAAUAACACCAUACCAAAAUUCUUCUUUAGCAGACUCUGAAAGACAAGCUAAAUUCAACAAAGUACACAGCAGUACCGUGUUAGAGUCGAAAAUUGCUUCGGGAUUCUUAAAGAACACAAAGACGACAACACGACACGACGUAGCAACGGCUCAUUACAAAUGUCGCUUUGAAGGCAGCGUUUUGAACUUUUUCAAGUCGGCAGCGACAUAUCAAACAGCAAUUUCAUUGUUGCCGUACUAAAACCUUUCAUUUCAAUAAAAUUUACAUAUUUAGUUUAAAGUGAAAUUAUUAGCGCAAAAGAUGUAAGAAUUGUCGAUUUAUUUGUUUUAAAUAAUCGAUUGUUAUUAUAAAUGAUAUAUCAAAGUUAUUUUACGUUUCUGCUGGCAAAAUAACGUCAUACUUGUUAGAACUUUGAAUAAUUGAGUCACCUUGUCUGAAACCUCGUUUGGUAUCGAACGGCUCGGAGAGGUCCUUCCCAAUCAUGACGGAGCUUUUGGUGUUGCUCAACGUCAAUUUACACAGCCGUAUUAGUUUUGCGGGGAUACCAAAUUCAGACAUGCGGCGGCGUAAAGGCAACUCCUUUUCGUGCUAUCGAAGGCAGCUUUAAAAUCGAUGAAAAGAUGGUGAGUAUCGAUUCUUCUCUCUCGGGUCUUUUCCAAGAUUUGGCGCAUGGUGAAUAUCUGAUCCAUUGUCGAUUUUCCAGGUCUAAAGCCGCACUGAUAAGGUCCAAUCACUUCGUUGACGAUGGGCUUUAGUCUUUCACACAAUUCGAUCGACAAAACCUUAUAUGCGAUAUUGAGGAGACUUAUACCACGGUAAUUGGCGCAGAUUGUUGGAUCUCCCUUUUUAUGGAUUGGGCUGAGCACACUGAGAUUCCAAUCGUCAGGCAUGCUUUCUUCCGACCAUAUUCUACAAAGAAGCUGAUGCAUGUACCUUAUCAGUUCUUUGCCGCCGUAUUUGAAUAGCUCGGCCGCUGUAGAGCUACCACUAAUAUGUGAAUUGUAAAAUUAUUCAAAGCAGAAGCGCAAACUAGUUUUGAUAUAUAAUUUAUAAUAACAAUCGAUUAUUUAAAACAAAUAAAUCGACAAUUUUUACAUCUUUUGCGCAAAUAAUUUCACUUUAAACUAAAUAUGUAAAUUUUAUUGAAAUGAAAGGUUUUAGUACGGCAACAAUGAAAUUGCUGUUUGAUAUGUCGCUGCCGUCUUCAAAAUGUUCAAGACGCUGGCUUCAAAGCGACAUUUGUGAUCAGCAGUCGCUACGUCAUGUCGUGUCGUCGUCUUUGUGCUCAGCACUUAACAACCGAUUUUUGAAUUCGUUUGUCGUGAGUGGCGUGGUUUGCAAACAUUUGGUCAGUUGGUUGAAAUUUUUGCAGAGUAAACAUCAGCGGAUAAAAAAAUGGCAAGCGUGAGCAAAAAUUUUUUGAAAGAGUUUAUUGAAUUAUUUAAAAAUGAACCGGCCUUAUGGCAAUGCAAAAGUGAAAAUUAUAAAAAUAAAUGCCAAAAAGAUAAGUCGUAGAAAAAUUUACUUUCGAAAUAUAAAGAAAUUGAUAAGGAUGCGACAAUUGACGCAGUGAAAAAAAAUUAAUUGUUUACGCACUGCAUAUAGACGUGAAUUGGUGAAGGUACGCAAGAGCGAAAAGUCUGGGGCAGGUGCUGAGGAAAUAUACAUACACAUAGCCAAUAAAGUCUGCGUUCACCUGACACAUUUUUUUAAGUGAAGUAGAAACACUAUAUUAAUAGGCAAUUCAGUUUAAAUUUUUUACAUGUAUUUCUUCUUUAUAUUCUUCAGUUCAAAAUACAAAAACAAAAAUGUAUAUUCCUCUUUUCAUUUUUGAGAUAACGGGAUUUUAGUGUAACAACAAGUAAAUAUAGGCACCAUAAAGUCUGCGUUCAGCCUUAAAAUUAGUUACAAAAGCAUUAAGAAAGAUAAAAAAAUUAAGUUCAAUAUUUUGUUGCAUAGCCACGUUGUUUCAAAACCUCACGCAAUCGAUUUGGCAUUGAUCUUACCAACUUAUCUGUUUCCUCAGCUGUAAUCCGGGACUAUUCUGGCUGCAUAACACUUCGUAAAGCUUGUUAUCGUAUGCUGACGAAUUCUUUUUUCUAGCAGAUCCCAUAGAUGCUCAAUAGGAUUGAGGUCAGGUGAUUGAGGGGGCGUUUUAAGCUGUCUAGGAGCAUUGUAUAAGAGCCAAAGUCUAACAAUUUGAGCAGUAUGUUUCGGAACAUUAUCUUGUUGGAACCAAGAUAAGAUAAUCCAAGUCGAAGAUAAUCCAAGAUUCUCUGCACUUUGUUUCAAAUUUUUUUUUUAGAAUGAUCAAAUAACGCCAUUUAUCCAUUGUGGAUUCAAUAAAUUCAAGCUGACCCACACCACCAGCCGCCAUGCAACCCCACACCAUAAUUCCAUCACCACCGUGUUUCACUGUACCAACAAGAUUUUGUUUUUUCAAGGGCAGUUCCGGAUUUACGCCACACAAUUUGUCGACCUUUUAUGCCAAAAAUACAAAAUUUACUUUCAUCCGAAAAUAUCACUUGAUUCCAGAAUUCCGGAGACUUAUUUAUAUGAUUAUGAGCAAAUUCAAUGCGCUUUCGUCUGUUUACAAGUGAAAUAUAUGGUUUUUUUCGAGCGACUCUGCCAUGAUAUCCAGCUUUUCGUAAAACUUUUCUAGCAGUUUCGCACAAAUUGUUUUUUUAAAGGUUAUAUUUACGUUUUCAAUAAUAUUUGUGGACGUAAUUCGAGGGUGAACUUUCAGCAUAUCUAUUAUUUUGCGUUCUUCCCGCACUGAUAAUAUUUUUGGACGGCCAGAUCGCGGUUUUGACGUCAAAUUCCGUUUUUUUUGAAAUUGUUUACUACACGCUGGACCGAGGAAUACGCUCUUCCAAUAGUUUGCCCAAUUUUUCUGAAACUUUCACCAUCUUUCCACAACUUAAUUAUAAUUUUUCUUUCCGACAGACUAAUUUCUUUUCCUUUGGUUUCCAUUUUUUGAAAUGUUAUUAAAACGCGUCUCGAGCUCUUUAAACGAUUAAUUAUAUUAAAACACAAUAGAACCUACGCAAAAAGGAGAAACAAAUUCGUGAAAAGUAACGGUAUUUCCAAUUUAAGCAAACUGAACGCAGACUUUAUGGUGCCUAUAUUUACUUGUUGUUACACUAAAAUCCCGUUAUCACAAAAAUGAAAAGAGGAAUAUACAUUUUUGUUUUUGUAUUUUGAACUCAAGAAUAUAAAGAAGAAAUACAUGUAAAAAAUUUAAACUGAAUUGCUUAUUAAUAUAGUAUUUUUACUUCACUUAAAAAAAUGUGUCAGGUGAACGCAGACUAUUGGCUAUGUGUAUAUGGUACUUCAAUAAGUUGGAAUUUUUGGGUGACCAAGAGAUGCAAACAGAUGGAUUUUGCUCAUUCGACGAAUCUAUCGAUAUUGAAAAGAUGGAGGACAUAUUUGAGAUUGCCUCAGACGCUGUCAUCACCGAAGAGACAGUCAUAGAAAGGCGUCGUUUUUCGAUGACUCACGACCCAGGCAACGUAUUACAAGAGGUGUCCCCAAACAAUGAACAAGAGACAUUAGGACAAUACGAGAUAUAUAUAUAUAUAUUUGGCGUAGGAACCGCUUUAAGCGAUUAUAGCCGAAUCCACCAGAGCGCGCCACUCAUUCCUCCUUUUUGCUUUUUGGCGCCAACUGGAAACACCAAGUGA